GCGCUGCGGGAAUGACCCGGCGCCCGGCCCCUGACAGCAGGCUCGCCCCAUGCCAGCCUCCCCGCCCGACGGGCAUCCCGGUCCCUGCCCGCGGCCGUGCCGGAGCGCAGCGAGACCCACCCGGCGCGCCCCGAGCUGAGCUGGGCUCGGCGCUGCCCCGGCGCGGGUGACAGCGCCCGAGCGGCCUCCCGAGAGGAUGGAAGAGGAAAGAAUGCUGCACGACUUCUUUGAAGAGGAGAACCUUACCAGUUCCAGGGAAGAGAGCAUUAAAGGUGAUUUGAAAACGUUUUGGACACGAUUGGGAGGUAGCAGAGUGGACGUCAUAUUUGAGCAGGUGCAAAAUGUGCUGCUGUUGCUAAAGGAAAAGAUCAAGAAUGGAACUGCCACAAACCAAGAAUGCUGGCAGGCUUGGGCACUGGUGAACGAAGCUAAUUUAAGUGAUCUCUUAACUUUGACAAAUGUAAGUGAUGGGUUUGAUGGAGAUGGACAACAGGAAACCAAACCCAAAUUGCAGCGUCUUCUUGCAGAUGGCAACACUACAAAGGCUGUAGAAGGUUCUGACAGAAAUCCUCUGAGGAUACCAAUCCUGUUUCACUUCCAAAGACGCCAUGCAAAAGCAGACUGCCUUUCGAAAUCACUGGAUGUGAAUUACAAAGCUCCUUGCGGUCGGAGUCUGAGAAGCUUUCGAGAUGUGCAAAAUUAUUUGUUUGAAACAAAGUGCAAUUUCUUAUUUGUUGAUCACUUUUCCUUCAACACAUAUGUACUGCUGGGCAGGAACACCAUGAAUCCCAAACCCCUCGUGUUUGACUUUGAUAUUAGCAACGGAGCCGAGUCUGUGCCCAUCUCCUUCUGUAACAAUCUUGACCACGCAAGGUUACCUUAUUUCAAAUAUCGGAAGUCAUCGUGGCCACGUGGAUAUUAUCUCAACAACUUCUCCAGCCUGUUUGUGGACUCAUGUGACUGCACAGAUGGCUGCAUUGAUAAGUCAAAAUGUGCAUGCCUACAGCUAACUGCAAGAGGCUGUAGUAAAACUUCUCUGUCUUCAGGUAGUAAAAGAUCCCAUGGAUACCGUUACAAAAGACUGGAGGGACCGGUUCCUAGUGGAAUUUACGAGUGCAGUGUGUUGUGCAGGUGUGACAAGUUGAUGUGUCAGAACAGAGUUGUGCAGCACGGCAUUCAAGUCAGGCUGCAAGUGUUCAACACUGAGAAGAAAGGCUGGGGCGUCCGCUGCCUGGAUGAUAUCGACAAGGGGACAUUUGUUUGUACCUACUCAGGCAGAUUAAUGAGCAGAGCUGAAGUAUUGGGAGAUGCUGGUCAAGAGCUGAAAGAGAAGGGUGCUGUGAAUGACAGAAACCAUGGGUUUUUUUCCAAAAAAAGAAAACUUGACACUGAUUGUUCAAAUUCAGUGAUUGAACUGGUGCAGACUGGUAAACAUGACAUUCUUGAGAAUCAGGAAUCUUUGUCUCAAACUGUGGAUAGUGAAAAUAAAUCAACCCUGGUUCACCCAAAGAACUCAAGUAUUGCAACCGCAAGACCUGGAAAAGCAGGUUUUUUUCACAAUAACCAGCUAAAAAUGGUGCACAGUGCCAGCUCAGAUGAAGAUAAUAGUUCUCAGAUUCAUCAGUCAAGCAAAACAAAAGUAAACAGUGGAACAAAGAAAGGAAAAGAAAAAUCCACCCAGGAGCAAAAGGAAGAACAUCCGAUGGAAAUCGGGCAGACUGAGUCUGUUGGUGUGGACAGUGAAGGAUGCAAAAGAAAGAGUCUGUCACUGCAGGGUGCUGACUGUGGCAAGUCAGGUGUGCUGGAUGACACAUGUGUUGCGAGGCCAUCCAAUAAUAACCCCCUAAAAGCUGACUGCAAAGAGGAAAAUAGCAGGCAGUCAAGUCAAGAUGCAUUUUGUGAGGAGGCUGAUGGAGAUGGGAUCCUUCCAAAGAAUGCCGGUGAGGAAAAUAUUUAUGUACUGGAUGCCACAAAAGAAGGAAAUGUGGGUCGUUUUCUAAAUCACAGCUGCUGCCCAAAUCUCUUUGCACAAAGCGUGUUUGUAGAGACUCACAACAGAAGUUUUCCAUGGGUGGCGUUCUUCACAAACAGACAUGUGAAAGCUGGAACUGAACUCACGUGGGAUUACGGCUAUGAAGCUGGAACCAUGCCAGAGACAGAGAUUUCCUGUCAGUGUGGAGUUCAGAAGUGCAGGAAAAAAAUCGCCCCGCCCCGGGGGCCGCAGCCAAUCAGUGCCCGGAAGGAGGGGUGCGCCGGGCGGAGCAUCGGCGGGCGCCACCGCGCAUGCUCCGGGCCCAGCGGGGCCUGGCCACUUCCUCGCGGGAACGCUAGGGGCGGGGGAGGGGGCGGUGGGAGCGGCGGCGCGCGCUAUCCGGGCCGCGAGCGGGCGGUAAGUGCCACCGAGGGCACGCGGGGGGAGGGGCGGGGGGAGCGCAUGGGACUGGAAGCCUCCUGGUCACCCCCCCGCCACCUCCGUCCCCCCAGCGCCAAUGAAUGGGCCGUGCCGGGGCUCGCGCAGAGGCGGGACGGGCGGGCCGUUUUUCCUGCUCUAGGUGCUUUCUGGAUAAUGGCGAAGAUGGUGAGAAGAACGUGUGCCUUUUGUUCAGAAGGGGCGGCUGGUUCUGUUAUGUAUAUUGCCAAAGAGAGAGACAUUGCAGCUCAUCAGGAUUGUCUGUUAUUUUCCUCAGGAUUUGUGGAAUCUGAAGAGUAUAACCCAGAAAAUCUGGAUAUAAGGUUUGAUGUGGCAUCAGUGUUGAAAGAGCUCAAGAGAGGAAAGCGGCUGGUGUGCAACUUCUGCCGCAAGAAAGGAGCCACUGUGGGCUGUGAGGAGAGAGCCUGCCGCAGGAGCUACCACUACUUCUGCGCUCUCUGCGAUGACGCAGCCAUAGAAACCGACCAAGUGAAGGGAGUCUACCGUUUAAGUGUCUUUCAGUUUAUGUUCAAUGAGAAGAGGGGGAAAUAUCUAUUAAAAUUAGUCAGCAUAACUCUGUUUACAUAUUUAUUAACACUUUUUCUCUUUUCCUUAAAAUUGAACUUAAAUUUUAGAGUGUUCUGCCCAAAACAUGACCCAAGCAAUAGGACCAGUCACUAUGGUGCAGCUAAUAAGAAGAGAAGAUACACACUGACCUCUCCUGCCAUCACGGAAGAAAUGAAAACAGAAGAGAAAGCAGAAGAAAACCAUUUACAAAUACUGAAAAGAAAAAACAACAGGCAUAAAGUCCAAAUAGACCUUGUCAGGAAAUGCAAACAAGCUGGGCUUCUAGAUGACAUAUUUGAAGAGAUGCUGGACACACUUCACCUGGCACAAGAAAAACUAAUGGAUGACAACACUUCAGAAACAGAGUAUGAAGAGACAGUAAUGGCACUGUUUGACUGUGGACUGUUUGAAAAUAUACUGACAAAUAUUCAUUCAGGAACAGAAGAAAAAAUACAGGAACUUCUAGAAAACAGAAAAAGACUGGAUCACAAGAUUGAGCUACUGCAGGACUUAAAAGAAGUCCUUCCGACCCCAGAGAGCACAGCCAGUACAUCUAGUACGGUGUCUGAAUAACACUUAAGUCUGUCUGUAAUGGUGUCAAAUAUUUAGGAUUUUCUAAUGAUAGAAACCCUAGAGCACAUGUGGUCCAUGUCUAAGAAAUUUCCCACUCCCAAGACAGGAACACAAGUAAGAACUGGGUCUUAUAUGCAUUUUUUAUACCUCAACAGUGCAAUAAUUUUAAGUUCUUAAAAUUUCCAAAUCUUCAUCUUCAGAUUUUACUGUGCAGUACAUCAGUGUUACACACUAAAUUUAGCUUUUUUUAAACCCUCCAGUAAAGACUUUUUGCUCAAAGACAAGGGAACAUCAGCUGCAACAGAACACUUGUAAGAGUCACUUUAACUGUGAGCCCUCUCUUGGCUGGGCCAUAGCUGCUUCACUGUGUCUAGACAGUGAUGUUUUCAGGAUCAUAUUGGUGCUUUGGCUUUCCAAAGAAGAUAAAGGAGCAGAACUUGCACUUGAAGCCUUCUGAGUUAUGAACAGGAGGGAGUUGAAUUAAAAAUCCCAAGUUAUUCUUGCUUGACUGGUCAAUGUGUAAGUAGUUCUGCUGUAAUGGCAGUGGUGAAGCAGUGUUCACAGGUGGACCAAACCCCGUUGGGCAUUAUACUCAGAACAUGUACAACGUCAAAAGGAUCAGUGAUCUGGGCCUUCCUUUCUCCAUUAAGGAAGGAUCCACCUUCCCUGUGUUUUGCCUUUAAAAAGUUGUUUCAAUACAGAAAAGCAUCGUUUAGCUACAAAAGGCUAAAUUAACAAAAUAAAACAUUUUU